AUGAUGAGGCGAAGACGGCAGGCACAAACGGGAGACAGGAUUGUAGAUGACAACGUAGACCAGAUGAUGUCAGCAGGUGUAAUAGAGCACGGGGAUGGCGCCUGGGGCUUUCCUGCGGUGCUGGUACGGAAGAAGGAUGGCCCGACGUCUACCCACCACCACGAUGACACUCUGGAGUCAAUAGGCGGCGCACGACUCUUCACUACACUGGACUUGAGAUCCGGUUAUUGGCAGAUCAGAGUGGCAAAAGAAGAUCGUGAUAAGACGGCCUUUACAACGAAGCGGGGGCUCUAUCGCUUCAAGCGGAUGUCCUUUGGACUGACAAACGCCCCAGCAACCUUUCAGCGAUUGAUGAAUAGUAUGUUGCGCGGUUAG